CAAAACACAAGUGAGCGGUGGCGGUGGUGGUGGUUGCGGUGGGUGAAGCAGACAUUCGGACACUGGCCUUACCCUGCACAGGUCUGUUGCUGCUGCCUGCCUGACUUUACCUGCCCUUGCUCCCUCCCCUGCGCUGCCCGCUUGUUCCAGUUCUGUUGAGACCACAGCCUACACAGGCCACACUUGUCACUCGUCGGCCAGACAGCCACCAGCAUUACGCUCACACACGUUUCCCUGUGUCAUUGGAUGAACAUAACAAAGAAGUGAAGCCAUGGCAUCCUCAGCAGAAGUGGUACAACCGGCAAGUGAGCUGCAGCCUGCUGCCGCCCCUCCCCUCACUCCAGCAUGGGGUGGGGCAGGGAUGGCACCGGUGGGGCCCUCCCUUACACCAGUAAGCCCCUGGGGGAGGGUCUCACCUGCUGCUCCACAGAGUGCUCCCCCAAAGUCCUUUCACGAACUUAUGUCAGAGGAUCUUGCCAAAGAUUUGCAGCAGAAGGAGACUCAGGCCUACCACCUCUCGCUCCUGAAUGAGGAGGAGGACUACAGUGACUUUAUCAAGCCCCAGGAGGAGGUGGCCAAUGACCUCUACCUGGCGCAGGUGUUGCAGUAUGAGUAUGACCGCGAGUAUGACGAGCAGGUGAACAGGGAAGAGAAGCUGUUCAAUGGCAACUCGAAAGUGUCUGUGUCCUUCAACAAGUUCAAGAUAUGCCCUUCAUGGUAUGGCCCAGACAGUGAUGACGAGCCGAGGGAGAUAGACGAUGAGAACAGGGCCAUUGACUCCUUUGAGGCAAGGGAGCGUGAGGACCCUGUGAUCCCUGCCUGUGGUUACAUCAAGCAUGGGGACAAGAUGGUCACCAAGCACGACCUGGCCAUCUCCGGCAGGAAGAAUGCUGCCAGGAUCAUGAACCUCCCACCGGGAAUCAACACUGGUGAUGGAGGAGGAUUUGACAUGAAACUUUCCAACAAGGUGUACAACAAGCUGUGCCGCUCUGCCAUGUCAGACCUGCGUAGGAAGAAUCGUGUGCAUGACAAGGUUGAGAAGGCCACCUCAGAGAUGGCCCUUGACCCAAAGACCCGUCUGCUGAUCUUCAAGAUGCUGAACAAUGCAGUGCUGGAGGCCCUCAAUGGCAUUGUCAGCUCUGGCAAGGAGGCGGUUGUGUUCCAUGCGCAGGGUGGAGAGAUGGAUGAUGGGCCGCUGCCUGAGGAUUGUGCUGUCAAGGUGUUCAAGACGACCCUGACUGACUUCAAGACACGAGAGCGUUACAUUAGGGAGGACUAUCGCUUCAAGGAUAGAAUCUCCAAGAGCAACUCACAGAAGCUGAUUCGUCUGUGGGCAGAGAAGGAAUACCACAACCUUCGCCGACUACACCGUGCUGGCAUUCCCAGCCCCAAGCCAGUGCUGAUCAAGAAGCACAUCUUGGUCAUGUCAUUCAUUGGUGCUGAUCACAUGCCAGCACCCAAGCUGAAGGAGGCACGCUUAUCCAAGGCCGAGCUGUGUGUGGCAUAUGAACAAGUGGUAGAGACCAUGGUUAAAAUGUUCCAUGGGUGCCACCUGGUGCAUGCUGAUCUUAGUGAAUACAACAUCUUGUGGUUCGAGGAGAAGUGCUGGUUUAUAGAUCUGGGCCAGGCUGUGGAGCCGACGCAUCCACAUGCUCUCCACUUCUUGCACAGAGAUUGCACUAACAUUAUCAGGUUCUUCCAAUCCAAGGGAGUUCCUGAGCUGCCAUCGCCCCUGAAACUGUUUGAGCAAGUGAGUGGAAUAUCUCUGCCGGGCCCUGAGGAUGCUGCCCACCGAAUGAUUGAAGAAUAUGAGACUCACCAGGAAUUAUGGCGUGAGGGGAUGAACAACCUGAGUGACCAGUUUGAGUUCCUGUGGCAGGAGAUACAAGCAGAGGAGAGGCAGUGCAAGGGGCUGAAGAAGGAAGAUGAUGAUGAUGAGGAAGAGGAGUUGGAGGAGGAGCUGCUGAAGGAACUGGUGGCAUCUGAGAGGAAAGAAGACUUGGGAGACGAGUGUUCUGGGGGUGCUGCAGGUGUUGUGUGCUCAGGGGGAGGGGAGCCAGCAGGGGCAGAGGGCAGCUUCAGCACCAAGCAUUCCCCUACCAAUGAGGGGAAUAAAGGGGGAGUUAAAUGGGUGGAAAAGCAGGCUAAGAAAAAGAAAAGUAAAAAUAGGAAAAAUAAGUAGCAGUUGAAUUUAAUGAUAGCUUGAAGUGGCCAUUAAUGUGGGCUGAAGCUAGACAUUAUUCAGCAGUGUGUGGAGAUUGUAUUGCAUCCAAUCAAGGCACUGACAGAUAGGAAGAUGUUCACAGAUGUGUCCAGGGAUAGCACAGGAGACUGGAUGAUGAACUGUCUCUGUCUUCAUUGUUUACUCAUCAUGUUAGGAGGUUGUGACGAGUUGCCCCACCAAGCACUGAACAGAGGAAGUGUUGGUGGUGUGAUGCAAGUGUUGUGUGGAGUCCUGGUGCAGUGUGGUGUGGAGGAGAGGGAAGUGUUGUGUUGUGUGUGAAGUGACAUAAGUGACAUGAACUGUUUGCAGGUACAUGGGUAACUUCUGUCUCAUGAUGUGUCUGGAAGGAGAAGGUUGUUGUUUUGUUUGUUGUUUGGUUGUCUCAGUUGUUCUGUAGCCCAAGCAGUUGGCUGUUGAAGAGUAUGUAUUGUGAUUUGCUUUAUAUUGACAUAAGAAGAGCUUGGGAUUGUAGUGUCUGAAUUAAAUGAGCCUGCUGUAUUUCAUUGUAUUUUAUUGGCUGUUACGUUUAUAUUUUUGUCACUGAAAAUGAAACGUAAGUUGUACCUCCUUUUGAUUUUGUAUGUUCUUUAACUCAUGUAUUGUAACCUCCAAUUGUUUGUCUGCCACCACAAAUGCCACUGGGUGCAGGAACUGUGUCUACUGUAUGUACUUAGUGGCAACUCCUGUUGUGAGGCCAGAUUAUUAUUGCCAUUUGUGGAAGGCUAUCAGAUAACAGUCUGUUCUAACUCUUUUUUUAAUAUUGUUCUAAGAAAAUGCAUGUGGGGAGGAAAGCCUUCUGAGUUAAGAGGGAGUGGCAUCCAAGGAAGCUAGUCUUAUAAAACUGAAAAAUUCAUGAGAUCUUUGUUCAAUGCUGGGUUGCCAUUCUUCUUCCUAAUCUCUUGCUUGCUGGGUUGACCUCUGAUCUGUGCGCCACUUCUUUUGUCUCCAUGAUCUCUGUGUCAUUUGUGGUGUUUUUCAACCCAGCCAAAGACCAGUUGAGUUCAUGUUGCUGGUCCUUGGUACCUUAAGUCUCACCCAGACAUUUUUACAAAUAUUUUGAUAUUUUUACUUCCUUUGACAUUUUAUAUACUGUAUUGUCCACUUUCCUUUCACUGAUUGGUUGUUUAAGUUUCUGUGUACAUGAGUUGUAGAUGGUCUUCUUUAAUUUUGUCUUACCAUUUUAUGAGACUUGCACUAAAAAUUCUUUCACUCAGUUUUAUGUAAAUCUAAACAGCUUGAAGUUGCAAAUCAUUAAAAAGAAUUUACUGUUUUGCUGCUACUUUAGGUAGAAGACAUCUAACCUGAAGGAAUCAUCAUUUAAGAUUAGCCUGAAGUAUUUCCUUGUAUUUGAUGACAAUGCCAAGAAUCACAGCUUUCAUGUAAUUCUCAGGGGAUUGAAUACAGCCAAGCAAUUGUGAUGGAAUCCCUCGAGUUAACUUGUAUCUUUUUAAUUGAUGAGUAGAUUUUUUGCUUUAAUUUUGGCUUCUGUUUUUGGAUCUCUUGGGGUUUAUCUCAAGUCCCCACACUCUUGCUAUAACACUGAAGAACCAUUUAUCUAAGUUGGGUAUUUGAACUUUUUUUUUUUUAUCAAGUUAGUUUUUGUAUUUUUCUUGGAACGAUAUUAAAAAAAUGGUCAGUAAA